AUGGUUAUGACUGGUAUGUUGAAUCAUGCUUUGCCUAAGAAGUCACAGAGAGAUGCUUGGUUUGAAGUUAACAACCAGAUCCUUAAUGGUUUGUUUACUUUGAUGUGUCUUUAUCAACAUCCGAAACGGUUUUAUCACUUGGUGCUUCUUUGUAGAUGGAAGCAUGAUGAUAUUACAAAGCUUAGGAAUGCUUAUUGCAAGAACGGGACUUAUAAGCCUAAUGAAUGGAUGCAUAUGCUGGUUGUUAUCAUUUUGCUUCACUUGAAUUGUUUUGCUCAGUACGCGCUUUGUGGUCUUAAUGUUGGAUACAGGAGAUCAGAGAGACCUCCCAUUGGAGUCGCUAUAUGUAUCUCUGCUGCUAUUGGAGCUCCUGCGGUUGCAGGUUUGUACACUAUACUAAGUCCACUUGGGAAAGAUUAUGAUGAUUCACAUGAAGA